AAGUGAUGGCUGAGAUUGGACUCCACACUUUGCUUAUUAACAGCAAAGCACGAGAGAUGGAAGAACAAAAAGAAAAAACUAGAAGAAGGAAUUUACUCAUUUUAAUUCAUCAUUAUCUAAAUGAGCAAGGAUAUAUUAGGUCAGCUGAAAAUUUAAAUGAUGAAGUAGCAUUUAAUUUGAAUCAAUAUGAAGUUUGUGAUAACGUCAACUUGGAAAUAAUUUUACAAGAAUUUGAAGUAUUCUACUAUGCUAAGUUUCGAAAAUAUCCACACUUAACAAAAAAGUCAAAUGAAGGAAUAAAAGAUGAAAAUAAUAAGAAAAAAUUGCAUAAUAAAUACAGGAAUUCAUCACAGAAUAAUAAUGGAAAUAAUCAAGUCUCUUCAGAUUGUUUGAAGGAAGAUAAUUUCAAGAUAUUACAAUCAUAUGCUGCUUUUCCAAAGCAUAAUGAUGAGUGGAAUGAAUUAGCCCAAGUAAUUUUAAAGACAGAUGGACAUUGGUUUAUACAGUGUGAGACAUCUGAAAGCAAACAUCCUGCAACAAUUGCCGCAAAGGUCCAAGCUGGAGGAGGGAGCAUUAUGGUCUGGGGAAUGUUUUUGUGGCAUUCUCCAAGUGCACUUGUCAUUGUGGAAGGCAAGAUGGAUCAACAGAAGUUUGCAUCUGUCUAUGUGGACCAUGUUCAUCCCUACAUGCAGAUUGUUUUUCCUCAGAAUGAUGGCAUCUACCAGCAGUAUCCUGAACUGUUCUCUGGUUUAUUGUCUCCAUGGAAAGGACUUCUCCUCUUUGGUCCACCUGGUACUGGAAAAACAAUGUUAGCUAAAGCUGUAGCAACUGAAUGUCAAACUACAUUCUUUAAUAUAUCUGCUGCUACUAUCAUUAGCAAAUGGAGAGGAGAUUCAGAAAAACUGAUUCGGGUGUUGUUUGAAUUGGCUCGAUUUUAUGCUCCAUCAACUAUUUUCUUGGAUGAAAUAGAUUCAUUAAUGGGUCAAAGGGUUUUUCAAUCAGGAAAUGAACAUGAGGCAAGCAGAAGAAUGAAAACAGAACUGAUGAUUCAAAUGGAUGGAUUAGCUCGCUCUGAUCAUUUAGUAUUUGUAUUAGCUGCUUCAAAUAUACCAUGGGAAUUAGAUCAUGCUAUUUUACGAAGACUAGAAAAAAGAAUAUUAGUUUCAUUGCCAAAUAGGGAAAUCAGAAUAGCAUUAUUUCAGCAGUUUCUUCCACCAACUGUUGUUCAAAAUAAAAUUAUAUGUGUCAAAAGUAAUUUAGAUUACUACUGUUUAGCUGAUGAAACUGAUGGAUAUUCUGGUGCUGACAUUAAACUUGUUUGCAAAGAAACAGUUAUGAAUUGUAUAAGAAAUAUUUUCAAUUUACUAGAAAACCAUAUUCAAGGUCGUGAAUUACCAUCUGUUUCCUUAGAAUCAAUUAAAACAACGGAUGUAUUGCUAGCAAUAUCUCGCACCAAACCUUCUGCCCGUAAUUUUGCGGAUCAGUACAAUUCCUGGCAAGAAGAAUUCGGAUCUAAUUAAGAAUAAAUGUACAAAUUUCGUCUUUCAAUUUUUGUUUUCUUUAAUUUAUUACUAUAAAAUUGUAAUUAGACAUUUAAAAUAAUAAAUAAGGCUAAAAAUGAAAUUUAAGUAUUUGUUUACUUGAAAUUCGUUUUAUUUUUAUUUUUAAUCGUUAUCGUUUAUGAAUGAUACUUUUUCAGGAAUCGUAAUUCUUGAAUAGUUCUGCUUGUGUGGACCGAAAAUCGUUGUUCCUGAACAAUAUUAUAUCCAAAAAAAAUUGCAUUCCUUUCCCACAGAAUAAUGUAAAAUAGGCCAGAAGCAAUCACUAGGACAAAUAGAUUCUUUGUGGACAGGACCAUCGAGAGGGAUGGGAAACUGGGGAUUUUCUCCCAAACCCUGAGAUAACUUAGGGGCCGGUAGUGGUUUUUACCAGUACAUCUAUAAAAUUAAUGUUAUUUUCAAUAAUAUAAAAUAAGAUCCUUAAGACUACUAUUUAAUUAAUAUAGAAACAUUUUAUGUAUAGCCUAUCAUUUGUUCAAAAAUACAAUAUCUAAAGGGGCCCUCUCUAUCUCCAGGCCCCCAUACAACGGUCCCGUUUGUGCAUAUUUCACAAAUAACUUUUGUUUCUCUAAUCUUUACAUGAUUCUUAUAUCUAAUUCUCUGAAUUUCCGGUGCUCUGGUAUAAUAAUUUCAACAAUCAGUUCAAAAUUAACUUAAGUGCUCUGGUACUGUUCUUUUUACUAAAGUAUCAAUAAUAAAGUUAAAACUACAAUAUUAUAAAUUAUUUCGUACAGAAUUGGCAUGAAAUGCAGAUGAAAAGCCAAUUAGAAGUGCAAACAAUUAGAUGAACUGUCAUAUUUUCAAGCAAGUAAAUUCUAUUACUCUGAUUUCAGAUAUAUAUAUGUUACUGUAAAAGUUCGAAAUCUGAUAUAUCUUAAAAAUUACCGGUAAAUACGAAGAUUUAUCUGUAUUGACUGGUAAAAGUCCGAAAUUGCUGAUGAAAUGUCUACAUCUGGGGCUUUUACAGAAAGAUAUUGGUAAAUGUCGGGAUUUAGCAUUGGCUCAUGUAAAAAAAGUACUCUAUUCAUAUGUAUCUGUUGUUUUGUAAAGUACCAGAAAAUGAAAGUAUUCAGCUUCAAAAAGACGUAAUUUUUAAUAAUGACGUAAAUAUUUUUUCAUACCACGUAGCCUAUGAUAUUUUUAAGUGUUUAAACCUAAAAAACAACAUUUUUAAAAAAUUUUUAUCUAUGAUGAUAUAUAUUUUAUUAUUUCUAUGGUUGUACUUUUUAGCGUUCGGGUUGAGAAAUCCAAUGGCCGCUUGCCACUAGAUUUGUUAAGUUAACCAGGAGGCUAAACAUACAGCCGUUCUACCUCGACACAAGUACUCUGUGUCGAGCUCUGGUUAUAAUAAAUAUUAAACGAUACAAUCAAUUGGCCUGCAUAUCAAUUAAGUCAAUCGUGGAUUUAUUUCGUUAUAUAGGAUGGGUUUUCAAUGCUUUUUUCUUUAUUUUGACAAGGUUCAUAUAAUCUUAAAUAAGUAACGGUAGAUUCAAUAGUCAUUCUUAUGCUUGCGAUCCAGUUCCAUAAAUAUCCGAGAUCUUCCACCAUGACUAAUAGCAAUGUGGUCUUCACGUAUCACGUUAAACAGUUUAUAAAAACAAACGUUGUAAAGAAUUUCUUCUUUUCCAGCAGACACUGAUGAUAUUAGUUUUUCUUCACUCUACUGAAGAGGAACUAAUAGCAUCAGUGUCGGCUGGAAAAGUUCUUCAAACGUCUGUAGUGAACAGAUUUCAGUUAAAAAUUCAUAAAAUGUUCUACGUUUUAUGUCAUCCAUUCUACUGCAUUAAAAGCAAGACUUAAACAGAAAAAAAUCCGACUUAUACGAUUUAUUCAUCUACACUGCUUAUUUUUCGGCAGAUUUAUUUUCAGAAAUCAAAUAAUAAUCAUUACAAUAAUAAUUUCACUUUCUUAAUUUAGCCUAUAUUUUUCAAUAUAUUGUAUAUUGCAAAACAACAGAUACAUAUGAAUACAGAACUCUUUUCACUCGAGCCGACGGUAAAUCCGGACAUUUACCAGUAUUACUCGGUAAAAGCCCGAAAUGUAGACAUUU